GAAAUUUCCCAUGGCCCAUGUAACCAUGUACUCUAGUGGGGUCUAGACUUCUAAAGUGCUAUGCUAUAGUUACACUUUACACUAUAGUAACAAAAUAGUUUAUAAAAGAAAUAGAUCUAUACUAUAUGGCCUAUAGAUUAUUAUAUAGAUUAGACUACAGUCUCUAAUAUCAUUAUCAUCUAUGAUCUGAAUCUAGAUCUAGUAGAUCUAUAUAUUUAGAUCUUAGUCAAAGUCUAAGUGUUAGCGUUGGUAGCCUAGAAUAUGCCAAAUAUCAUACAAUCAAUUAAUCAAAUUAGAUCUUUAGUCUAUAGAUGAUGAUAAAUAAUAUAAGCACUGAAUAAUUUUCAAUUUAGAAAACAUUCUAGAUAGCUAGUAUUUAUCAUUAGAGAUUCUAGAUCUAGAAUCUAUUUACUCUAGUAUGAACUUUUUUUCAUUUUUAAUCUAUCUAUAUAUAUGUGUUUAAAGUCUUGUAUAGAUCUACACAGUAGAUUUAGGCGAAUAGUUAGCCUUAAUGAAAAAAAAAUUUUUUUCACAAUUUAAAAGAAAAAAAAUACUUUGCCAUAGAUAGAUCUAUAUUUUAACUUUGAAGACUGCAGCUUUUUAGAAUGGAAUUAAAUCUAAAUAACAAGGAAAACUUAGGAACAGAAAAGUUGCUAGGCAAACUUCACAUUAGCAGAACUGAAAAAAAUCUGGACAGUUUGCUGAAAAAUGCACAAACAAUAAAUAGUCAGAAGCUACAAAACACAGAAAUGUCUAGCUUUUCACUUCCAAACCAAACAGAAAACGUUCUUUCAGGCAGCUCAGGUCCUAAUGGAGAAGCGUAUGUGAUGAAUGGCAGUCGAGGUGUCUGUUACGUAUGCAAGCUUGAACUGAACUCCCGGCAGCAUUGUGAUCAACACAUUAACGGAAGCAAACAUAUCAAGAAGGUGAAUGACGAGGCAAACAGGACUGCGCUUAAUACCAGAGUCUCACAUGAUGCCGAAAGACCGGUGGGCCAAGACUAUGUUCUGACGCCACUUGGUGGGAAAUGCUACUUGUGUGACGUUGUGUUUACAUCUCGAGCCCUUGCUAUUCAGCAUUUAUCUGGACAGAAGCACAAGAAAAAGGCUGAGAGCAACUCCACACCCUAUUUACUGCCCUCUGCAAGCAUGCACCCUUCCCAGAUUACCUCGUCCCAGGUUAUCUCACCCUCGCUGGUCAUGAGUCCAUUCCAGUUUAGUGGUAGUAGCCUGACAGAGUCACGAGCUGCGGACCCAGCACCUUUAACUUCAGCGUUAAAGGGACCUAACGGCGAGGACUACAUAAUGAACGGAACCAGAGGCUACUGCUACGUCUGCGGCUUGGACCUGACCUCGCAAGAGCAUGCAAAGUCUCAUUUAAGUGGAACCAAGCACAAGAAGAAAAGCGGGGAGGGAUCUGGUAUGGACACUUCCAUCCCUAACGGAAAAGUUCUUAUGUGUUCUAUUUGUAAAGUGCCGUUUUCUUGUAUCAAAAAUGCAGAGGAGCAUUUCCGAAGUGAGAAACACAAGAAGAGGAAAGCAAGUCAAGAGCUUCAAGAUUACAGUAAAGAUCCAGAACAAACCUGUGUCAUGAAGCUCUACAGUGCAUCAAGUACUUCAGUUGAGUGUAACAGUCCUCAUCUCCUAGGACUCGGUCCUGACCAGUCUAUAAAUUGUGAGGUAACAACUAAUCCCUCUUGUUACCCUUUCUCUAGUAGGUCUGGACCACGCAUAAGCCCUCUAGAAUAUCAAGAAAUUAUAGAUCUUUCUAAAGCUAAAGCUAAAUUAAAUGAAGCGUCAAGCUCAGAAGCUUCAAAACCAACUGAUAAUUUAACACACAGGUCUUCUACUGAAUCAACCAUGAGAAAUACAGCAACAAGUACUAGAGCUACACCAAGUGUGCUGACUAAUAAUGACACGAGUCGCAGCAUUGAAUACAACUUAAAUCUUCAGUCCGACAAAAAAUUGAAUGUUGAAAAUUUAAACGAGACAUCGGAAGGCAAAGAAGAGUUAAAAAAUAAAAACCUUCCCACCGAAACAAACUUACCUUUUUCUGUUACUUUUCAAAAAGAUUCCAGUUCAUUGAGUUUGAGUUUAAUUGAUAAUGCCAUGCAGGCUAGUCACUCGGCACAUUUAGAGCCACUUACAAUAAAAAGACACCAGAUGGAGCAAAAUUCAAUAGAGAAUCACCAGCAGAACCCAACACAAACUGAGGCUCAUAAUAGAAACAAUGAUUCAGCAGCCGUUAAUCAAGAUUUGUCUAAAUGUUCGUUGGCAGAAAAGUCUAACAAUACUCAACAGACGAAUGACAAGAGAAGAAGCGAAGAAUCGUUGUCAGGAAUAAAGGCUCAACCUACAGCAGGUGAACAGACUUCACAUUUAUCAGAGACAAUGAGAGGUAAUGACAGUGGUACUAACCAGGAGGUUUUAAAAACAGUACAUAUUGUUAAAUUAAGUCAGACAGGUAUUAAUGUAAGAGAACCAGCUCAACAGGACUUCACAAUUAACAUGUGUCCUCCUCUAGGACUUCCACAAGGACAAAGUCCGCGAGUUUUAUUUUUCACACCAUCGCAGCAACAGCUAGAAACCAUGGCCAAAUCACAGAAGUUUAAUGGGCAUUUAAAUUCAAAUAUUCAUGAAAUUGAUGACAUUAAUAUCGAUGUGUUACAUGUCAAUGAAAAUAUUAAUGUAAAUGAAGAUGAUAUGAAUGUCAAUGAAGAGAAUAUGGAAAAGGAUUUACAAUAUGAGAUGAAAGAUUCAGUUGGUAUGGCAGAAACCAGUUGUAAUGAUUUUUACAAUGAAAAUGUAUCAUCCACGUGUAUAAAUAGAAGUAGCUAUUUUAGUAGUGAGAUUUCAGACCUCGGCUGCAUCAAUAAAAGUCUUGACUUCAGCUCUAUAAAUACUGAAUCCAGUUUUAAUGCCAUUGGUAGUAACAUGACUCCGUCUUUUCAUGUUCGUGUGCUCAAUAAUAUGCCUAUAAAUAGCAAUACUGGAAAGCAAGAGGACGAUGCUGCAUUAGAUUCUGUACAGCAUUUGACGGGAACGUUGUCUGGUCUAAGCAUUAGUCAAGAAAGUGCUGCCUCAAACCAGGUUGACCAACAAAGUUUCUCUGUGGGACAAAACCCCUGGGCUAAUUCCGAGAACAAAGAGGAACAUUAUUACUUCAACGGGUCCAGAGGUUUUUGUCAUGCUUGCACUAUAGAACUGACCUCUUAUCAGCAUGCCAACCAACAUCUUAAUGGACAAAAACACCAGAAAAAGAUGCAGCAGAUUCACUUUACCAGACGGUUGCAAAAAGAGUCUAGGUUAGGGAUAGCGACAAGUCCUGUUACUAUUAGCCAUCCAGUUACUCAAACUGACAGUGAAACCUCUGAGCUAUUUUUCAUAUUUGAUGGCUCUAAGGGAAUGUGUCAUGCAUGCAGCAUUGAGUUGACAUCACCCCAGCAUGCUAGGCAGCAUAUUAGUGGCAAAAAUCAUAACCGCGCUGUGGAACGGUUAAAAUUAACCAAGCAGGGCAUCCAGUAUCCAAAUUUCUGUCAUGUUUGCAAGAAAGGAUUUUCGGGUACAGAGAGUGCAAAACAGCAUUUUGAAUCCAGCAAGCAUAAGAACAAGGUUCAGCUUCUAGAGAUGGGGAUUUUUCAGAGUUCUGAAGGGGAGAAAGUCGUGGUCAAAGAUGACAAGAUCUGGUACAUGUGUGAUGUGUGCCAGUGUGGUAUGAACACAAGGGAGCAGCUAUUAGUGCACAAAGAGUCAGCGAAACACAAAGAGAUGGAAGCCAGCCUCAGAGACAAGCCUGUCGUCUUUCAGAGUAGUUCCUCUCCGAGAUCUAGUGAGCUGGGAAUCAAGGAGAAUUCUCCUGUUGGACACAAAGAAAGCAGAGAAAGCACAGAGAGAACUGCACCUGCAUAUAUAUCAGAUGAUGAUCGGCAACAUUUGACAUUUGGGGAUGUGCCCAAAAUAAAUUUAGAUAGAGCCAGCCCACUCAAUUACAAAUACAGUUCUCCAAGUUCUCAAGUAAAUCUAAACUUUAACCAAGAAAAUGUAUCAACAGUUUUACAUACAUCUGGACGGCCAAUUUUGGGAGCCAAGUUUCAGUCACAACUUGAACCAAGCUCCCUAGCCACUCCGGUUGGUUUAGAUCUAUCAUCCAAUAAUCAAGCAACAGCCAGGUCUGGCCUCAGGGAUUUUCAUCUUCCAACUGAGAGAUACAGAGGCCAGACAAACAGCAACACAGCUUCUGAAGUUAGAAAUCUUGAAAUCAAUGCAGGUGCUGGUUUUACAUUUAGAGGGCUAACACUUAGCGGACAAGCUCCAAAUGGUAGCAGCAGUUCUGGGUCUGGAAAUAUGGAUAUGAGACCCCAUUCUAUUGUUUCAGAUCAUUUGACUAUGGAUGUGCCUUGUUCAGGAGGAAGAGGAAUCAUUGAAGGGACCCAUCCAGGCAAUGCUAAUGAUGAUUCCGAUGAUGACGCACCAACGUCAUUAUUCUCUAGUAAAGAGACUCACGGUUUUGUGAAAAAACCUGGCAAGCCUAGACAUAGUAAUAAUCGAACAGAUAACAAAAAUACCAUUUCGUUUGGAAAACUUGAGAGUAACGACAGUGAUGACGACGAACCUUUGGAAACUGUAGACUACAACAUACCGCAAGAAAUAGUUCCACCGGAAACACCUGAAGCGUCACAGUUAAAACCUGAAAAAAGUACAAAGCCUGGUUUUAAGUACUACUGCAGAAUAUGUGACAAACACAUGAAUACUAAAGCUAGCUAUCAAGCCCAUGCCAAUGGAGCUAGUCAUAAGUAUAUUGCCACGCUACAAAAGUCUCCAGUUCGGCGCCUUGAGCCCAUCAGGAAAACAAACUUUCCAUUCAAUACUUCCUCUAAAGGCUUGAUAGAAAGAGCAAUGAGUAAAAGUAAGCACCUACCGCGAGCUUACCAAUUUGAGCUGUUGGAAAAAACGAUGAAGGGAGACUAUAUUGUGUAUUUACCCACAGGUACUGGCAAAACAUUGGUUGCUGUUUUGACGAUGGCCUUAAUGUUAGAUGAAAAUCCUUCAAGGCCUGUGCUGUUUCUUGUCGACAAGGUCCUAUUGGUCCUGCAACAGGCCAAAUUUAUCAUGGAUCAGUUGACGGCAGUCAAAUUGAACAGGCGCAGUGAUGAUCAGGGUUUGGUCAAACGAGAGGUCAAUGUCAUGGCUAUUUGUGGAGGAUUAGCUUCUAAAAGUGAAAGACCAGUCUGGAGCUCUGAUAUUAUUGUUACCACUGCAGCAUUCUGUCAGAACAUGCUACAGAGAGAACUGAUCUGGUGGGAAGAUUUCUCUUUGAUAGUCCUGGACGAGGUUCACCACUGCAACAAACUUCACCCGUACCUGAAACUUUUCAACAGCCAUCAUCACACGCUUGUCCCGGAGUCUCGUCCAAAGAUACUUGGUCUGACCGCUUCACCUGCCGGGAAGUCCACAGUUUCAGAAACCUACCAAAUGCUUCAGGGCCUGCUGAAGAAUUUAGGUGGUGCCAAAAUAGCAGUAGUGGAACGUGAGGAAGAAGAUUUAAAGGGAUUUGAGUCCAGCGCUGAAAUCCAUGCAAUUAAUGUUCCCCUUUCCAGUAAAGAAAUACAAUUCCGCAGGCAUCUUCUGGAAUACAUCAUUUUGUGCUACUCCAGGUUUGCUCAGAUGUCCUCGUUGAAGAAUUCACUGACUGCUCCCUGCUCUUACCUUGUAGAUGCUGUGAGGUAUCCUGGAGAUAGACAGGUAACAACUUCUCUUGCCGAACGGUUUCUGAAAGAUGAUGAGCCUUUAGCAGACCUGACAGGUGUAAUCAUUGCAGCAAGCUGCUCAACAAAAGAUAACACCCAGACAUUCACGUUUUUACAAUUACAUUUGGUUAAACUUUUGCUGACUUUACCUGAAGUUGGAACCGGGGCAAAUUUUGUUGAAGAACUGGAUAAAACCCUUUCCCCAAGUGAUAAUGUUAAAGAAUUUGAAAAGCUUGGUCUACCUUGUAGAGAGUUACAUGACAAAGUGUUGCAGUUUGCAGCAGAUGGAAACAAGGAUUUAACUAUGUUUUCUAAGUUGAUUGAGACUCUACGAGACAAAUCUUUCAUCGACUGGAAAAACAAAAGCUGCAAAGCUCUGGUGCUGGUCAGAGAAAGAAAGAUUGCCAGGCAGUUGAGCCAUAGCCUCCGAGAGAAUCAGUUGAUUAAAGACAAUGAUCUGCACGUCACUUAUUUGGUUGGCCAUGGCAGUGGCACGCAGGAUUAUGGGAUGGAUGUGAAGAAGCAGAAGAGAGUUUUAGAUAACCAGGACAAAUAUAACAUCGUCGUAGCCACAUCCAUCAUGGAAGAAGGUAUUGACUUUCAGUCUCUCCAGUUGGUUAUCUCCAUGAACCCGCCCACAAGUGUGCGCGCACUUGUUCAAAUCAGAGGUCGCGCCAGGAGAAAGGGCAGCCAUUUUGUCAUAUUGUGCAGCAGUGAGGAGGAGGUGGAGAAGCUCAACAGGCUUCAGAUUCAGGAGAAAAACAUGCAGGCUGCAGCCAAGAUGUGCAUUGAAGAAGACAGGAAGUGUUCAAUGCAGGCUUAGGCCAAGAUGUGCAU